CUCGCACGUACAUUCAUAAGGCAGCUUCCAGGCUAGCCACGCUCUGUUCAGCCAACUACUCAACCAUGGCUCCGCUCACGCUAUACAGCUGGCCCACGCCAAACGGCAUCAAGGCCUCCAUUACACUGGAAGAGCUGGGUCUGCAGUACAAAAUGGAACCGAUGAAUAUCUCCACCAAUGUCCAGAAGGAGGACUGGUUCUUGAAAAUAAACCCCAACGGCCGCAUCCCCGCCAUCGUGGACGGAGAGCAACGCGUCUUUGAAAGCGGUGCCGUCAUGCUAUAUCUCACCGACAAGUAUGACCCGGAACGAAAGAUCAGCUAUGCGCCGGGAUCUCCGGAAUAUGUCGAGGAGCUAUCCUGGCUGAUGUUCCAGAUAGGAGGUCUCGGGCCUAUGAUGGGCCAAGCUGAGCACUUCAGGCUCUUCACCAACACGCGCUCCGACUACGCCAUCAAGCGAUAUAUCGACGAGACGAAACGUCUCUACUCUGUACUUGCGUCCCGACUCCAGGAGAGCCCAUACCUGGCUGGUUCUAAAUACACCAUUGCCGAUAUUGCGAACUAUGCAUGGGUACAGAUCGGCCCGGCCGCUUUGGAGAUUGACCUGGCCGAGUGGCCGGCGCUGAGGAGGUGGGUGGAGGACAUCAAGAGCCGCGAGGCUGUGAAGAAGGGGAUUGUUAUACCGAAGACUGAUACGACGCCUGAGGAGAUGGCGGAACGGUUUAAGGCUGCUCGUGCGAGGAUUGAUGCUUUGGGUAACACAGAUAUACAGUAACAGUAUUUAUGCAGACACUAAACGUGUGGAGGAAAAGUUUGUCAUAUGCUGACAUUGGUUGUCAGUCGGGUUGUCCAUGAUAACGUUACUAUCGAGAAAUGACUAUUAUUAUUGAGAUGCCUUCAUGUCCAAGGUUAAUGGGCUGCUUUUAUUAUUAUAAUAGCAAAUCUACAGUUUAUGAAGUAGGGCUUAAGAUCCGCUUCCGAUUAAAUCAGGGAGUAGAGUUAAGACAACGCAG